AUGUCGACAAAAGCAAAGCUGACUCUGGCUGCCACAUCUCUCGGCGCUAUCGGCAUCAUUGUUUUCGUCCACCAUGGUCAGAAAGUUGAAAAAGCUGUUAGUCGUCCCAUCUUCCCAUCCAUUGUUUAUUCUCGUCUUCUGACUUCGAUCAGNGCCAUGCACGCAGGUGUCAUUCGCGAUAUGGAACAGCAAAGGAUAAAGAGGGAGCGCCAACUCGAUUUCGAUAUGCAAGCCCAACUGGAAAAGGAAUACCGCAAGCUUCAGACCGUGUCCGAUGGCCGCAAUGCAGAAUAA